AUGAUAACUUCAACAUCUCAUAUACCAUCUGUUGUUUUAAAAAAUCAUAAUUCAAUUUUACCUUUUGUAAAAGAAGAAUGUCCUCAUUAUUUACAAAAUAGAAUUAAAUUAUAUUCUUCACAUCCAACACCAACCGAUGGAGUAUCACAACCUUUUUCAUUAUAUAAAAAUAAACUAUUAUUUAAUAAUAAUAAUAAUUUUAUACCUGCAAAUAGAUUAUACUCCACUUCAAUAAAUAAUUAUAAAAUUUCCCCAAAUUAUAAUGAAAAUAAUAAAAAUAAUAUUCCAAAUACAAUUUUUAAUACAAAUAAAAAUAAUAAUAAAAAUAAACAAACAAAAGUGUUGUUUAAAAAUCCUGAUAAUACAUUUUUAUAUAAAAAUAAUAGAAAUCAAUCAACAUCAUCACAACAACAACAACAACAACAACAACAACAACAACAACAACAAUCACAACCACCACAACAGAGUCAUUUUGAAUUACCUACAGCAUGUUCAAUUUCUGAUCAUAGUUUAAUUGUUGAACCUAGUGAAGAAUAUAAAAAUUGUGUUAGAUUUGAAACACCAAAAUCAAGUUAUGUUCAUGAAAUUAUUGAAGGUAUACUUCCAAAAGAGCUUGUGUCUGGUUCAAGAAUGAUUACACCAAGUGAGCCUCAUUGUAUCUAUGUAAAUUUUACAUCUGCUGUGAAAGCUUAUCAAGCUGAUCAAUAUAUUAGACAAUGGAGUGAAAAGAAUUUACCCUCUUUGAAAUCAAUGUUAGUGAGACAAUCUUUGGAUACUUUCUUUCCAUAUGAAAAAUCAAAAAUUGAAAAGGUAAACAAUUAUUAUACCACAAAAUAUGAUACAACAUUUACUUCAAAUUUAUUACAACAAAAUCGAUUUGACAUUGAAAAUGUAAAUUAUAUUAAUUUUCCAGAAUAUCCAGUUCCAAAAUUCAAAUUAAUCAAUAAUAAAAAUGAAUGUGAUAAAUUAGUAACUGAAUUAUUAUUAAAUGGAAAACCAAUUAAUUCAAUUUCAAAUGAAGAUGAAAUGGUAUUUAGUUUUGAUUUACAAUAUAGACAUAUUGAUAAUAAACCAAAUACUGUUCAUUUCUAUGUUUUAACAUUAUCAAAUGGUAAAAAUAAUUUAAUCCUCAAUUUAGAUUCAUUAAAUGGUAUUCCAAAAAUUGUUUCAAAAAUUUUUAAUUCACCU